AUGGAGAAGGCAGCAGCUGCCUUUGCGAUGGAGACGCCCAAGGAGCUCGAGAAAGGCCUGACCUUGGAAUACUUGGCACUACCUUCUCCAAUCUCUGGUCGCGGCGGAGUUGUGCGCUUCUUUCUUUUGGCCAACAAGGUGGUCUUCACGGAGAAGUUGCACUCACUGGCUGACUGGGGAGGCAGUGUCAAGGCCAAGUACGUGGCAGAGGGAAUCUCCCCAGCGGGGCACCUUCCACUCCUUUGGGUGGGCGACGGUCCGGCUUGUUCGGAACACAUCAGCUUGAUGAGGUUGGUUGCCAACCUUACGCAGCUGAAGACAGCAAAGGAUGCUGAUUGCUGGAGCCUCUACGCUCAGGACAUGGUCGCCGAUGCCUAUGCAGAGUGGCGCGGCGACUGGGCCUCUGCAACCUUUGGAGGAGAUGAUGCAGCCAAGGACACGUACAAGGCCACCAUCCCCGGCCGCUUGAAGCAGUUCGAGGGUGUGAUCGCCAAGGCUGGCCUCAAGGGGGCCUUUAUCUCCGGAGACCUUCCGCUGUGGGGCGACAGCGCCCUUUUCAGCCUCAUCUCAGACAACAUCGCGACGGGCUACACUGGAGUAGAUGCCGUCAAGGAGUUCCCCCUCCUGCACCAGAUCUGCACGGCUUACGCGGGCAUUGAGGCAGUUGCGGGGUGGUACGGAGAUUCCUCGCCCUGGAAGUGA